AUGCGGGCCCGACUUGUGAGUCGACUCAAAAGGCGUCCGCACGACGCAGUGCAGCAGGAGGGGAGCGCCACCGAGUACAUUGUGGUGACCAUCACAGCAGCGUGUGAGGGGACCCUCAACCUGCCCGAAGUAAAAUCCGCAGCUUCUUUGAAAGAGGCGCUUGCGAGACUGGGCUCGAUCCCCAUUGACGAGCUUCAGGGUGUGGAAGUGCUGUGGACGCCACAAGACCCAUCUGAUUCGCUGACAGCGCAUGACAUUCUGAGUGACUAUCCUUCCAUGCGCAUGCUAUAA